AUGACCAGUCCCGGCAAGGGCCCGAUUGCCUUCCUGCAGCUGGUCGGCAAGCUCAAGCACGUCCGCCGGUCCGGGUGGAUCCGGUCCGGCGUCGGUCCCGGCCGUGCGCCUGGCGAGGUUGUCCCGCGGUUCACUCCCAGCCCCCCGACCUCCGGGCACCUCGGCAGCCAGCGCAUCGAGUCCGUCUCGGACCACAUGCACCGAAUGAGCGUCAUGGCCCUGCUGAUGGCCUGGGCCCCAAGCUCGGCGCAGGCCCUCGUCGACCGCGACAAGUGCAUCCGCAUGGCCCUUGUUCAUGACAUCGCCGAGUCUAUCGCCGGCGACAUCACCCCCCAUGACGGGGUCUCCAAUGAGGACAAGCACCAGCUCGAGCUGGACGCCCUCAUCACCCUGGGCAAUUCCCUAGGCGAGGAGUAUCAGGACGCCUUCUCGGAGAUCCUGUCCCUCUGGAAUGAGUACGAGGCGGGCGAGUCGCCGGAGGCCAUCCUCGUCAAAGACCUGGACAAGCUUGAGAUGCUGUAUGCCAUCCCGCUUGGCUGCAUCGCAACACCACCGCCUCCCGCGCCGGGCCCACGCUGA